CUGACAUGCGCGUGAUAGUAGUGCGCAUGCGCAGUGUGAGUCAGGCCGGUUAGCGACAGCAGGACGAUAAGGUGUGAGCCAUGGAUAGUGGUGAAGAUGCAGCUCCAAGGCCUUCAACUCUAAAUCUAGCCAGUCUAGAGAAAGAUGAACCUUUAGUCCAUGGAGCUUCAGCUGUAGCUGCUAUGAUCAGCCACCCCAACACUACAGAUGUUCUCCUCCAAGAGGAAAGCAUUGACUUGGACGUCGAAGCGUUCAUUUCCCCUCAGGAUGACAGUACUGCUUCCGGGGGUGUCACAGAUAAGCUGAACGAUCAGAUGAUGGAGAGCGUCAUGAUCUCCGAUUCCCCCAACAGCGAAGAGGAAGAUGUUCCUAUUGACUCUCUCCUGGAGCAAACAGAUGACAAGGUGUCCCUUGACUCCAAAGAGCUUGAAGAAGACAAAGAGAAUGAAGCUGUAGAGGAGAAGGACGAGGAGGCUGGAACCGAACAGGUCAUACCCGACGAUACUGAAAUGUUUUUGGGUUUAGUUGAAAAGGAGAAAACAGAGGACAUUGAUAAGGACAGCACAAAGCAGGCUGCUACAUACAUGGCACCUGCUCUGGGCAGCCCGAAAGCCGAGGAAACUGAGCUUGAAGUAGCCAAGCAGGUGAUUAAGGAUGAGACCAUUCCAGUGUGCACUAUUUUCAGUCAGGGCAUGCAGAACAAAGCACAUUCCCUGGUGCCUGAUGGAUUUCAGCCAAUUUUGGUCAAAUCCCCAAGCUUUACAACUGGCCAUAAUGAAACUCCCAAUAAACUAGCACCUCUGGUGUCUCAGCCCAGUCCCAGCCUCAGUAAAUUCUUCACUGAUAAUGGCACCAUUAACCCAGCCUCAGACUUCUUUGACUCCUUCACAACAUCUUCGUCUUUCAUUUCGGUUAGCAAUCCAAACGCAGAGACACCCAAGUCUCCAACUCAUCCUGAGCGCCAGCUUUCCUCCGGCUCAAGCAGCCUUCUUCAGGACGGAGGCGCAGCCAGUACUAACUUCACUCCUACACCGCACGAGAGCGCACCGAGGCCCUUGACUGGCCCUGCAGAGCCUGUAGUGACCAUUAACAAGCUUCAAGCAGUAUUCUCAGGCAGCGAUGAUCCAUUUGUGAGCGCUCUGAGUAUGAGUGAGGUGGACAGACGAUACGACGCCUGGCUUCCCUCUGAGGAGACCAGACGAGUGCUGAUCUCUGUGGUCACGCAGCAGGUCAACACAGUGCAUGUAGACAGGGAGAGGCUAUCCAUGCCCGGACUCAAGUUUGACAAUUUGCAGGGUGAUGCAGUGAAGGACCUGAUGCUGCGUUUCCUUGGAGACCAGGCAGCAACGAAGAGGCAAGUUCUCACCGCUAACUCAGUGGAGCAGAACUUCUUGGGUCUCAAGCAACUAAUCGGCACAAAGAACUGGAGGGCAGCUGUGGACCUGACUGGCAGACUGCUGACGGCUCACGGCCAAGGCUACGGCAAGAGCGGCCAACCGAGUACCCAUACCACUGACACGCUGCAGUUAUGGUUUGUGCGUCUGGCUCUGUUGGUGAAGCUCAGCCUCUUCCAAAAUGCCGAGAUGGAGUUUGAGCCGUUUGGUUACCUGGACCAGCCGGACCUUUACUACGAGUACUACCCUACAGUGUACCCUGGAAGACGAGGUUCAAUGGUACCGUUCUCCAUGCGUGUGCUACAUGCUGAACUGCCUCAGUACAUAAACAAGCCCCAGGAGUCUCUGGACCGCCUGCACAGCAUGAGAAGCAUCUGUCAGAAAAUCCUGGCUAACCUGGAGGAAGGACUGGCUGAGGACGGGAGCAUGAUGACUCUCACACAGGAAAACAGACAAGCCUCUAUUCAGCUGUGGAGGUCACGUCUGUGCCGGGUGAUGUACUCCAUGGCAAACUGUCUGCUAAUGAUGAAGGACUAUGUGCUGGCUGUUGAGACGUAUCACUCCAUCAUCCAGUAUGAGCCACAGCAGAGUGUGCAGCUGCUGAGUGGAAUAGGACGCAUCUUCCUACAGAUUGGAGACAUCAAAACUGCAGAGAAGUAUUUCCAGGAAGUAGAGCAAGCCGGACAGGAAAAGGGAAAUGGACCAACUCAUGACAGCGCUAUUUUUAUGAACAGGGCAUUUGUGUACCUGAGCCAGAAUAAUUAUGCAGACGCCCACGCGUGUUUCUCCAGCGUCUUGAAAAUUGAUCCCAACAAUCCUGUGGCGAACAACAACGCAGCAGUGUGCUUACUUUAUUUGGGGCGCCUAAAGGAAUCCCUGGGUCAGCUGGAGAGCCUGGUGCAGCAGGACCCUGCGCUCUACCUGCAUGAAAGCGUGCUCUUUAACCUGACCACCAUGUACGAGCUGGAAUCAUCACGCAGCACGCAGAAGAAACAGGCUCUGCUGGAAGCGGUGGCCGGGCGCGAGGGCGACAGCUUCAACACGCAGUGCCUCAAACUGGUGUAACUCAUAACCACCCAAGAGUGCAUUAGAUCACUGUGUCACUGCUACAUGAUGUGACAUGAGCUCGUUUAACAAGCUUGGGCUUAAAAUGCCACAGGUCUCUUUUCCUUGAAGGUUUUUUUUUGUUUUUGUUUGUUUUGUUUUUAAAGACUUUAAGAUAUUAUGUUUGACCAAAAUCGAAGCUGCCCUGAAAUGACCUGAGAAUUUACACUAAGGUAUGUGGCACAUUUGAAACUCUUAAAUCAAUGUUUCAGUGCUAUCAGGUUGCAGGAGAAUGUAAAUAGAGAGAGAAUAUUAAAGCAAUUAAAAUCAAAACAUUAAUGUAAAUAUUCAGCAUAUUUAAAGCAGAUGGAAUGGCAGCCUGAGUGGUACACAGCAUUACAACAAUUACUGUCUGGACCCAGUUUUCUAAAAUCAAAUAAAUUAAAACACACAGUCAGGGUUGGACAACUCAGUAGUUGUACUGUAGUUACUGUAGUAGUUAACUCACCUUAACCUAGAAGUUUUUUACUCGUAGAAGACACAUGUUCAACAGCCAGAAAAUCAGACUAAAAAAAACUCAAAACAUAAAAUGCUAUCAUUAUAGCAACUCCAGUACAAGCUACUUGUUCCAGAUCCUACCUCCUGCCACAAUAUAUACAUCGACUGAGGAAUAUGAUUCGAAUGAAUUAAAUGCUCAUAUUAUAGAAAUAUUGGUGACACCCUGCAAAACGAAUUCAUCAAGCUUUUAGACAGUCAGUCAUUUUCAGGUUAAACAUAUUGGGAGAAAUUAAAGACACUAGCUAAACACCAACAAUAUAUUUUAUUAACACCACACCACUAACUGGUGGGGGUUUAUGUCCCUAAAUAUUCCUGGCCAAUUCCUACCCACUAGCCAGCUCUCCCUAGUAAUAUGACUGCUACCAAGGAUGAAAGCCAGCCAUCUCCCUCUUCUCAACUGCUGUACAUGCCGCAGUAUGGGCAGCGUAACACUCUCCUAUGUUUCCAUACAUAUGAGCUCGCAGGUGCCUGUGAUUGGUUUGUCACUGUGAUUGACAGGAGAGACAGGAUCCUUGGCUCCUGGGACAAUGAUUGCAUUAUUGUGAGCCAUAACAUCAGGUGAUUGGGUAAAGAGGAUAAGAAGGCCGUCCCCUCCCUGGGACACGUCAUUACUGUACCUUAGCUGCCACGUUUAAACUAGUCAGUUAGGAUUCUGGGCAAACAAAGCAUGGGACAUAGACAGUACAAAUUUUACUGUAUUUAUUGAGUUCAUAUUAAGAUGAUGUUUGCACUGUAAUUCUUCUGUGAAACUUCCAGGAAAGCCUUUUUUUAAAUUGCUCACAGUCUGUUAACAUAGAAUAUAUAAAAGUGUGUGUGUUUAUUGUUUGUACUGCGUGUCACACGACUGCACCGUACUGUACAUUUCUUACACAAAUCUAAAUAAAGCCCAGCUGAUUUGGAAGCACUCUUAA